CUAGGGUUACAGGAAGUUGUAGCAGCUGCCAUGUUUGGCUGCUUUGUUGUAGAUUUCUUGUAGGUUUCCUGCAGAUUUUUUUCUUAAGUGUUGCAAUGGAACCGAGCUGGAGCACAUUUUUAUUUCAGCAGGCCAAUGAAGCCCUUCACCACCAACACCAGGUGGCCCAGAACAGCCUGUUGCCGCUGCUCAACUCCGAGCCCCAGGACCAGAAGCCUGUGAUGCCCAUCCCUCUGGACCAGAAGCCCCCAGUCAGCCAGGCCAACAGUCAGGGUGGUGGAGGGGGUGGGGGCAGUGGAGGAGGGGGGGGUCCUAUGGCCGUCGUGAAGAAAGAGCACAAGACCAAGACGCCGUUCGUGUGCAGUUACUGCAACAAGGCCUUCCGCGACAGCUACCACCUGCGGCGGCACGAGUCCUGCCACACUGGCAUCAAGAUGGUGUCGCGGCCCAAGAAAGCUACGCAGUCGGCGCCCACCAUGGUGCCGCUCAUCUCCUCGAUGCCACGGGAGAACUCCGGCGGCAACCCCUCCUACAUCUCCACCAUCGCGGGCAUCCUCACCACGGCGACCACCUCCGCCUCCACGGGAUCCAGCGUGAUGUCGUCGGUCUCCAUGGGCGCGAUGCCACAGCAACAGCAUCAACAACAGCAGCAUCAUCAACAUCAUCAGCAGCAGCAGCAGCAGCAGCCCAAGAAGCCUCCCAAGCCGGUGAAGAAGAACCACGGCUGCGAUAUGUGUGGCAAGGCCUUCCGUGACGUCUACCACCUCAACCGCCACAAGCUGUCGCAUUCGGACGAGAAGCCCUUCGAGUGCCCCAUCUGCCACCAGCGCUUCAAGCGCAAGGACCGCAUGACCUACCACGUGCGCUCACACGACGGCGGCGUGCACAAGCCUUACGUCUGCUCUGUGUGUGGGAAGGGUUUCUCCAGGCCUGACCAUCUCAGCUGCCAUGUCAAGCAUGUCCAUUCCUCAGAGCGACCAUUCAAAUGCCAAGUUACGGCCUGCACCUCUGCCUUCGCCACCAAAGACCGCCUGCGCUCGCACAUGAUCCGGCACGAGGGCAAGGUCACCUGCAACAUCUGCGGCAAGAUGCUGAGCGCCGCCUACAUCACCAGCCACCUGAAGACGCACGGCCAAACCAACUUCAACAACAACAACUGCAACAAAGGGUACUGGCAGUGGAACUCCUCACAAGCACGAAAAGAUAGCAACGAUGUGUGCAACUCGUCCUCCAUCACGCACGUCACCUCCUCUGGCCCCAGCAUGAGCCGCGGCGGCAGCACCAACAGCAGCUCCAGCUCCUCCUCCAACGCCGUCACCAUCGCCACGCAGAUGAGCCUGGGCAACAUCACCUCGGGAAUGGGCCUGCAGCACCCGGUCACCAUCACCGGCCCGGUGAACAUCUCCUCUGUCCACAUCCCCACCACGGCGUCCAUGAGCCUCGCCCACCCCAUGGCCCUCACAUCGCCCAUGUCCAUGAACAUCGCCGGGCCGCUCAACAUCGCCAUGCGGCCCAUGGAGAGCAUGUCUUUCCUCUCUCAAGUCCUCCCUUCCUCCCCGCCCUGGUAGAGACGAGUACCCAGCCCCCACCCCCGUCAUCCUUCCUCACCAUCUCACCAUCUUCCUCAUCCUCCCUGUCCUCCUCCUCCUCCUCCUCCUUUACUCCCCACGCCCACCACCACUGAGAGAAGUUGUUUACUCUAAAGGUCUGAAGGAGCAGCUAGAAUGAAUGAACCCUGUCCCAGCUGCUGCCUCCUUUAGCAACCUUGCAUCAAACAAUAAACAAUAACGUUUUUAUUUUCUUUUUAGUUUUUUUUUUUCCGUGGUUGUUGGAACUGAAACAUUAGCUAGAGUUUAGGUUUUUUUUUUAUUCCCUCUGAAGGAGCUCUGACCUGGCGUUGAGUGCACAGCAUUAAUGUGAACAUUUUGAGUUGAUGACGCACUAAGCCACAGUCGGACAAGGAUCGGAAGGGUUGGAACAGUCCUCUCAGACUUUACUCAACACGGUGACCUUUGCCAUUUGGAGAAUUUUCACAAGGACAAAUGCAAUAAGUGCUGAUUUUUUUUCACUGGUUAUUUUGUUUUUGUUUGUUUGUUUGUUUGUUUGUUUGUUUGUUUGUUAAUACGUUUUCUUCCACAUCAUCUGGGCUGUGUCUCAAAAGCCACUAGCCUGCUAAUCAGUAUUUAACGUUUUAAGGAAAUGAGUUCAAAAGGGACAAAGGCUUCCACUGUGAGGGAAGGGUUGUAUAUUUAGUUGUGUUUAUGCUUGGGUUACCCUCCAGGUGAGGGGGUAUGCCUUUAAUCGGUUGAGGUACAGCGGUUACCUUGAUGGAAGCCAACUCGGGAUCAAGUCUGGCGUGGAUUCGACAGGGGCCAGAUCUUUUCCAGAGUUUGCUACCGUCUGACUGUAGAGUAUAAUGUGCCGUUGGUUAUGCAGGCCAAUGCGUUCUCACUCCAAACAGGCAUUCACUGUCUGUUUUUAUUUUAUUUUGUUUUGUUUGUUUGUUCCCCCCCCCCCCCCCCCCC